GUUUUUGUUUUUUCUGUAAGUACGCUAGGGUUCCUUUUAGUGUUCUGUAUGUUUAGCUGUGUGUUUAGGCAGCCUUAGCUCACCUCCGUCGGUGUGUUUCUGAAUGAUUGGCCGCUGAGCAUCGACACCUCCAUGGCUUUGAUAGCGACCGAGCAGGGCUGCAAACUGACCGGCACCUACAGCAGAGUUGGGCCGAGGAGAGACGUGUUUCACGGCCCCGCGGACGGCUUCAAAGCUGCCAAAAUGCAGCCCAAAGAGACGGAGUAUUCAACAGAUGGCCUGCCCAAAGCCUUCCUGCACAGUCUGAGGACCCUCUUUGACAUUUUGGAUGACGGCGGACGCGGCUACGUUCACAUCUCGGAGAUCGAGAGCCGCUGGCAGGGCGCAGACACCCGGGAGCUGCCGGGCGGAGUGCUGGGCUGCCUCCGCAGGGUCACCCCGCCGCAUGGCUGCCUCACCUUCGAGCGGUUCGUGGCGGGGCUCCGGUACUCCAUGCUCAACCCGGAGAACAGCUCCCACUUCAAGGCCCAGGCCGCCGUACACCCGCAGCAGGCUCCGAAGAAACCCGCCCCGCUGUCCACAUGCAGCGUCGGGACCCGGGUCGAGAACAAGGUCCGUCCGCUGGGGCCGAGCAACGUGACGAACACCCAGCAGCACCGGGCGUCCUCCCUGCAGAGCCGGGCCCGACCGGAGGAGGGGUCCGCGUACACCGCGUGUGGGCCGGUGCGGUACGGCGCGGGCUUCGAGAGGUCCGGGCGGAGUUUGGAACGGAUCCCCGUCGCUCCAGAGAGUGGAGGAGGGUGUUACCGUGCCGAACCGGGACAUCCUACCAAACCAUCACAGCCCCAGCAGAGCAAGGGCAGGUCCAUCGAGUCACUCGCACUGGAGUCACCUCAGCUCCAAGGACCGAGUGUUGCGAAAUCAGGUUUACCGAGGUCUCAGAGCGAAUCAGCCACGGGAUUCACUGGAGGCUCCAGGCGACACGGGCGGAGUCGGGAAGAGCAGAGGAGGCAUACCAUCUCCAAUGGAGUGGAUUAUGGAAUGCUGAAGCAAAUGAAAGAGCUGGAGCAAGAGAAGGAUUCUCUGCUGGCGGGCCUGGAGGUGGUGGAGCGGGCCCGAGACUGGUACCAGGGCCAAAUCCACAAUGUGACGGAGAGACAGCGGCAGGUCGGCCAGAGCUCCCACUGCACGGAUUUCUUCACAGAAGCCAAUCAGAGUCGCAUGAAUGUUCUCAUUCCCAAAUUACAAGAGGUCAACCGCUGCCUUAAUGACCUUAUUUCCUGCACUGGAAUGCAGUCAUUUCCUUCCAGCGGUUCUCAAACAGCAGCACUCUCAGCGAGCGGCCAGCCUCCGGCCCCAGCUCCUCCACAAGCCAUCCAGAGACUGAAGGACCAGAACCGACUCCUCACUCAGGAGGUGACAGAGAAGAGCGAGCGCAUCGCCCAGCUGGAGCAGGAGAAGUCGGCCUUGAUAAAGCAGCUUUUUGAGGCUCGAGCCCGUAGCGCACAAGACACCAGCACCAUGGAUUCCACUUUUAUCUGAAAACACUUACGCUCCACCCAACACCAUCAUCCACACCAAACGUCAGCUGGGAAUCACCGCGAUGUCACGUCAACAUAUCUGUUGCUGGUCUGGACGAAGCUGACUCUUGUUUACCCGACUGACCGUCUGCGGCAGUGACGCACCUUUAGCCAUAACACGCCGACACCCUCGACUACAUCAUGUGACCACUCCCACCCCAAACCAUGCACUUCCUCCUGAGGAUUACCUAACCUGAGUGACUUGACCCCGAGAGUCUAAAUUUACUCGCUGCCUUCCUGCAUUAAAAAAAAACACUCCUACUAAGCUGAAAAAACUGAAACACUCAAGACAUCAGACGGGUCUCAUCAUCACAUCACUCCAUUUCUUGCGUGAUUACAGCAUCUGCAAGAUCUCCACUCCCACUCCCAAAAGACUGUUAUUUGUACUUCUGCUGCUCCACUGCACAAGCAGCAGAAAAAACACCAACGUUUACUUUCACCGGGAGUCCGCUGGAGCUCGAUUACAGUGGUCCACAAAGCUAUUGGACAGUGGGGAGGUUGUUUGUGUUGGAAUAAAAUGCCAUAUUCUUGCAAAUGAAAACAAAUUCUCAGCUGCAUCUGCUUGCUGUGACCUAUCAACUACAUUUUUUUUUUUUUUUUAAAAGCUUGGUACUUUGAUUUACCCAUUAUAAGAGACACUUUGUAAUUCAGUAUUUCCUUUUCAUGUAAAUUAAUAAUCAAUAUCAUGUUUACCUUCUUUGCUUUUCAUAGUGUUUCAUUCCAAACACUGAGAGAGAGGAAUUACUGAAAGAGCAGCUUGUGUUCUAUAGUAGCAUGUUUAAUGUUAAGACAUUACAUGAGUUUUUAAAUGUUUUUUUUUUUAACAUUGAAAAAAUGUUGGAGGACUGUAAAAGCCAACGAGAUAUAAAGGCAGAGACGCAUUAGAGAAAAACUGGAAGUUUGCACGUAGAAGAAAGCUGUGGAGGAUGAACGUGGUAGGUGGUGACUGUGCUGGAGUUGGGAGACGAUUCUCAACAACAACAACAACAACAAAAUAUAAAAGGUAUCACUUUGGCUAGCUAGUGCUGCACAUCCUCUGCAUGUCUUUACAGUGGAUUCUCGGCAUGGGUCGUAUUUCCAGCUCGAAAUAUUUAUCGUCUGAAGAGAUUUCAGUUUGAAACCUGGAGAUUAAACGUUAGCACGGAUGUGAAAACCCAAUUUGUCCUUGUACGUGUUUCCUUUGACCAGCCUGAGAGCAGAUGAUUUUAGACUGUAAAAACGUUUAGCCAUCCACAAGUUUACAAAGAGAAGUAUUUAGUCGGUGGGUGGUGGUAGAGAAAAAACCAUUGUAGUUUUAUAAUGCAUCUAUAUGGUACUGCUGGGAUGUUUUGCUGCACAUAACACAGUCACAUGCUGUUGAUGUCUGAUGUUUCCCAUGCACUUGUUUGAUUGUAUGUUUCCUGCUGCUCAAACUAAAUUACGUGUGAAACUCUUUUCCUUCUGCUUUCUAUUGAAAGGACUCAAACUUCAAGGAAACGUCAGAAAUAAAAAUGACCAAAUUAUU